UUUUCUCACCUCACCGAAUCUAAAACCAUAAACCCCAGAAAUCCAAGCUAAGUCCAAAGCCAAAAAGAAGCUAACAGCCAAACUCGUUCUCCGGCAAUGGUGACAUCAAUCGAAGCAGCAGUGGAAUUGUUGUGCCAAAUCAAGUCAAAGGAGCCGCCGGUGUGGCUCGUGCCAAAACAGGAGUUCUCACAAGCGGUUCGCGCGGCGUCGAAGCAGCUCUUCUCGAGUCUGAAACCGCACAGCCCGCACGCUCCAUUUGAUCAGCUUCUGAUCGAGGGGUUCGACGCGGAGCAGAUAUGGCAGCAGAUUGAUCUCCAAUCGAUGCCGCUGCUAUCCACCCUUCGCCGCGAGGUCAAGAAAUUCGAGAAGCAUCUCGAGGAGAUUUCCAAGCUUAAAGAAGCUGUAGAAGGAGGAAAGAAGAAGAAGAAGGUUCUAGAAGAGAAUGAGAAUGAUAAUGUUUUUGUUUACGAUGAUGAUGACGAGGAAGACGAUGAAGAUAUGGAUAUGGACGAAGAUGGAGAUGAUGAUAAUCAUGAUGAUGAUGAAGAGGAGGAGGAGAGAGGAAGGGAAGAAGAUGAUGAGAGUGAAGCAGAGGAAAAAAGAGGGAUAGAGGAUAAAUUUUUGAAGACCAAGGAAUUGCAAGAGUACUUAGAGGAGGAUGAAGCUAGAGAAUUUGGCUUCAAGAAGAAGAACACAAAGACAGAAACUAAGAAGGACGAAGAAGACUCAGAAGAUGAUGAAGAAGAAGGAGAAGAAAAUGAUGAUGAUAAUGACGAGGCAGAUGAGGAGGAAGAUGAGCUCGGACUCUUUGAUGGAGAUUAUGAAGUUGAAGAAGACAACUUGGAAAAUGCCAGAUAUGAAGAUUUUUUCAGCAGGAAAAAGAAUAAGGGUUCCAAGGAGAAAGCCAAAUCUAGAGACAGGUUGGAAGAAGAUUCAAGAUCAGAUGAUGAACAAGAUGUUGAUAAGAGAAAGGGUGGUCUUUCUACACAUGAAAAAGAUCUUGAAAAACUUAGAUCUAAAAUAGAGCAGAUGGAGAAAGCAAACUUGGAUCCAAAAAUUUGGACAAUGCAUGGAGAGGUAACUGCUGUACAAAGGCAAAAGAAUAGUGCGUUAGAAGUUGAUUUAGAUUUUGAGCACAAUGUCAGGCCUGCCCCUGUAAUCACAGAGGAGGUUACUGCAUCACUUGAAGAUUUGAUUAAGACUAGGAUCAGUGAGGAGUGGUUUGAUGAUGUUCAAAAGGCUCCCACUUUAUCUUCUAAAGCACCUAGAGAGACCAAAGAACUGGAUGAGAAUAAGAGCAAGAAGGGUCUUGCUGAAGUUUAUGAGGAAGAAUUUGUCCAGAAGACAGAUCCAGCCUCUGCCCCAUUGAUCUCAGAUGAACUAAAGAAAGAGGCCAGUAUGCUGUUGAAGAAACUUUGCUUGAAGUUGGAUGCUCUUUCUCAUUUUCACUUUACUCCAAAGCCUGUUGUUGAGGACAUGUCUAUACAAAAAAAUGUCCCCGCCCUUGCCAUGGAAGAGAUUGCACCUAUGGCCAUCUUAGAUGCAGCUAUGCUUGCUCCCGAAGAAGUUUUUUCUGGUAAAGGUGACAUUAAAGAAGAAGCAGAACUCACAAAGGUGGAAAGGAAGAGGAGGAGGGCUAACAAGAAAAGGAAGUUUAAGGCUGAAGCAACGAAAAGAAUGGCUACAAAGCCACGAGAGAACACAGCACUCAACAACGAUGAAGGCAAGGAAGAACAGUGACUUACUUUCCUCAAGUAUGGGAGAUCUCCUGAAUCCUUUCAAUUUGUGUUUUGAAGUUUCGGACAUGAAGACGUAUUUAAAAGAAGAUGCACUGGGCGAAGCCUGGAAACGUUUUUCCAAUUAAAAAAAAAUGGAAGACAAGUCAUGCUUGGGUUCAUCCUUAAUGUUACAGCUAUCAAUAUCUAGGUCUUUUAGCUAGGGAAACAAAUACAAAGAGGUGAGUGGGAAGUCAACCGAAAGCAGAUACAGGGAUUUUACUCUUUAAGGAUAGAUAUGGAUAUUAUACAAGUUUUGGUAGAUAAUUUGGUGAGAUAAUGUUUAAUGUUUAAACAACCAGAUGGCAGCAUUUGUGCGAAAUCAAGUCAUUAAUUGCCUUUUUCUUUUUUUAACAAAUUCAGCUCAUAUAAAUUUUUUUUGCUUUGCCAAUCUUGUUUAUUUAAGAAUUAAAGUGAACCUGUACAUUAUCAUGUCAAAGCAACAACGAAGGGUGAAAAAAGAACCAUGGCCAGAG